GAGAGGAUCUGGGUACAAUAUACGACAGGAAGCAGCUUCGGGCGUUGGUUGAUUAUCAUGAUAAUGUUGUGCAUGUAUUAACAAGCGACGAGGCGAGGAUAUUAAAGGGCGGGUUAGACUUUGCGUUUGUUCACGUGCACAAAGUUAUGACGCCAAUCGAUAGAGUCUGCGGGCUAGAGAUAGACACCAAACUCACCUUUGAGAAGAUCUCAAAAAUAUUAUCUUGCGGUUUUUCACGCAUUCCUGUCUUAGACCUCUCGACUCCGCAGUGUAUAGUCGGGCUUCUUUAUGUUAAAGACCUGGCGCUCUUUGAUCCUUAUGUCGAAGUUGACGUGCGCACUUUGCUGCAUCUCUUUGGGCGCAAUGUCUACGCUGUGGAUGAAGACACUGCUCUCCUAGACCUCCUCACAGCCUUCAAGAAAGGUCAUACGCACUUGGCGGUGGUUAGACGGGUUGAGUGCGGUACAUCAGGAGACCCUUAUUAUAGACAUGUAGGUAUAAUAACUCUAGAAGAUAUAAUUGAAGAGAUAUUGCAGGACGAAAUUCACGAUGAGUUUGAUCAUGAGAAGCAGCAGCAGCAGCAGCAGCAGCAGCAACAGCAGCAGACGCAGCAGCAAGCUGUCGGAGGAGGGGGCCUUGAAACAGAUGGAGCACCGCUUAUGCUGCAUGCAACAGCAGCAGCAGCAGCAGCACCAACAGCAGCAGCAACAGCAGCAGCAGCACAAGACAAUUUCAUGCAAAUAAAAGCAGCAGAUGCAGCAGCAAACAGCAGCAACACGCAGACACUCGGCUCUGUCGUUAUCCAGAUGAAUUCUCAAAGGCAGCAAAUGCAGCCUCCCUCUGCAGCACCCCGCAAACAGCAGCAACAGCAGCAGCAGCAGCAACAACAGCAGCAGCAGCAGCAGCAGGACCUCGUGCUGCAGCGAAGAAGCAGCUCUGGUGAAAGCCAGUGGUGCGAAGACUGUCAUAGAGCGCAGCUCUGGGGCUGCGGCGUCUCUAAGGCUCUUGCUGCAGAUCGGAGACCCCUCAAGAUGGUGUCUCCUGUUCUUAAUGAAUAUGCUGCACCUGAAAAGGCUGGUGGUGCCGUUGAUGAACACACGAUAUUGAAGGGGAGAAUGAAGUUAAUAGACCAGUAA